UGUUCUUGUGCUACUGUGCUGGACUGGCUGGAGCUCCAGUGUCAAUCAGUCGAAAGAACUUGACCUGCGGGCAAGUCCAUGCCGGAGCAGGACAUUCCCAAGUGUCUGUGGCUGUGGAUAAGUCCAUGUCAGAGCAGAAGGGUCUGUGGCUGCGGAUAUGCCCACACCACAGCAGGUAUGCCCGUGAAAGGAUUGCAGCCCAAAGCUAAGUGCACUGGAGAAGGCACACCUUGAAGUAUCUGUGGCCAUGGAUAAGUCCACAACACAGCCGAAGGAACUGCGGCCCACGGAUAAGGCUGCACUGGAGGAGGUACACCUCCAAACAACUGUGGCUGUGGCCAGGCCACAUCAAGUAUUACCCCUGAAGAGACUGUGGCCCAUGAGCCCUGUGUGUUGCAUGAGGACAGCCUGGUACUAGAGCUUGCAAGGCCUCCUGCCUCUGACCCCUCCAGCACUUGGAACCAAGCUGGGGGAGCCCCAGCUGGGAUGGGCAUCCUCGCUUGCCAUCAGGGGACAUGUGCUCCACAACCAACUCACAGCUUUCCUAGCAAAGCCAGCUUGAAUUCAUUUUUCAAUUGCUUCCUGCCCUGAACAUCUCCGAAGCCCCAGCUGGAGCCAGGGUGCCUGUGCUGGACCAGAAGGUAGCAAUCUCCAGCCUGCUGACAUUUCCCACUCCAUCCGCUCAUAGACCAGACCUUGCCUUAUGCCCUAUGGGUUGAUUAAAGGCAGAGGGAUGAUGCUUGCUGUCAAUGAAAAAGCAAGAACUUCUGAAGUGGAAUGGAUGGGGAUAUAAUGACUCCAAAUUCAUCUUCAAUAAGAAGGGUCAAGCAGAAUUUACAGGAAAAAGGUACAGAUUAGGUGGUAUGGUAUUACCAACUUUUAAGGAAUGGAUAGAAAAAACCUUUGGAGCAAGUCUGGAGCACAAAACUACCUCUAGAGCAUCCUUAAAUGUUAACGAUGUACCUCCAUCCACUGUAAAUGAAGAAUUUCUUCAGGAUCUUAAAGCCACUAAAAUAUCGUAUUCACAAGAUGCAGAAGAUAGGGUAUUCAGAGCUCAUGGUCACUGCCUACAUGAGAUAUUCAUACUCAGGGAAGGAAUGUUUAAGCGAAUUCCUGAUCUAGUUGUAUGGCCUGUUUGCCAUGAAGACGUAGUUAAAAUUGUGGAAUUAGCCUGCAAACACAAUCUCUGCAUAAUACCAUUUGGUGGAGGGACGAGUGUCUCUAGUGCCCUUGAAUGUCCUGAAGAAGAAAAAAGAACAAUUGUCUCACUGGAUACAUCACAAAUGAAUCGGAUUCUCUGGAUAGAUGAGAAGAACUUAACAGCUUGUGUGGAAGCUGGCAUUGUUGGACAAGAUCUGGAAAAACAGCUUGCUGAAAGUGGCUUCUGUACAGGCCAUGAACCAGACUCCAUGGAGUUCAGUUCACUAGGAGGAUGGGUAGCAACACGAGCAUCGGGCAUGAAAAAAAACAUCUAUGGAAACAUUGAAGAUCUGGUGAUCCAUAUAAAAAUGGUAACUCCUAGAGGAAUAGUAGAAAAAAACUGUCAAGUACCUCGCAUGUCGACAGGACCUGAUAUCCAUCACUUCAUUAUGGGAUCUGAAGGAACUCUUGGAGUGGUUACUGAAGUUACGAUAAAGAUUCGCCCAGUCCCUGAAUACCAGAAGUAUGGCUCUGUGGUCUUCCCCAAUUUUGAACGAGGGGUAGCCUGCUUAAGGGAAGUGGCAAAGCAGAGAUGUGCUCCUGCAUCAAUUCGCCUUGUUGACAAUGCACAGUUUCAGUUUGGUCAUGCUCUUAAACCACAAGUUGCUUCCAUUUUCACGUCAUUUUUGGAUGGACUGAAAAAAUUCUACAUCACAAAGUUUAAAGGAUUUGAUCCCAACGUACUUUGUGUAGCUACCUUGCUCUUUGAGGGUGACAGAGAGAAGGUUCUUCAGCAUGAAAAGCAAGUCUAUGAUAUUGCCACCAAGUUUGGUGGCUUGGCAGCAGGAGAAGAUAAUGGACAGAGAGGAUAUAUGCUGACAUUUGUCAUUGCUUACCUUCGGGACCUGGGCCUGGAUUACUAUGUAAUAGGAGAAUCAUUUGAGACAUCUGUUCCUUGGGAUAGGGUUUUGGACCUUUGUAGGAAUGUAAAGGAAAGGAUAGUAAGAGAAUGUAAAGAAAAGGGUGUUCAGUUUGCUCCUCUUUCUACCUGCAGGGUGACGCAGACUUAUGAUGCAGGAGCAUGUGUCUACUUCUACUUUGCCUUUAACUACAGAGGAAUUAGUGAUCCUAUUCAUGUCUAUGAACAAAUUGAGAGGGCUGCUAGAGAAGAAAUACUUGCCAAUGGAGGGAGUCUGUCACAUCACCAUGGAGUAGGCAAAUUACGGAAGCGCUGGAUGAAGGAGAGCAUCUCUGAUGUUGGCCUGGGAAUGCUGAGAUCUGUUAAGGAAUAUGUGGACCCCAAUAACAUCUUUGGAAACAAAAAUCUUUUAUAAAGCCCUGCAUAACAUGAUGUACUAAACUUCUUCAAAGUUACUAUUGAAAUUACUCCACUUUCAUUGUAUUGGUAUCCCAGUAAUCAAAUAUAACAUAACUAAACUAGACUAAACUAGUAACUUGAUUUUUUGCCACUCUCUUUCCCCCUCCCCCCAAUAAAGUGUAAACAUUGCUGUUGAUGUUUAUGGAUUUUUACUUUACAAUGCUCUUAAACUCUUACACUUUGUGCCCAGUAGGUUGUUUAUUAUCAGCCAGGAAAUGCAGAUUUGGUUUUGCAGGUUUGGUCAGGCAACACAGCUGACAGUAUUUUCAAUGCUGGAUACUGCCAUAUGUUUCUUACUAAAGCAUUCCCUGCAAGAAGAACAAAGACUGGCAACAGUGUUUUCUACAGAAGCAGUUGCUCAACCCAGCUUCUUGCUAAAGGAAUGCUGCUAAGAGACAGAUGAGGGAACACCAAGAAGUACUUCACCAUACUGAAGGAUUAAGUAUGUAACAGAUUUGUAACCGGUGAAUACUUAAUGUUGGAAGGUGGGCUUUGAUCAAAAGAGACCUAAAAACUGGGUCUCCACUGCAGUAUUAUUGGAAAAAUCUUACACAAUUGAGCAGUUCUGAGUUGUAUUUGUAUUGCUGGGAUAAUCUUAAAUUAAUUGUAGGUCAGUCACUAUUAAGUUUUGUACAAUGGACAUUUCUCACUGUAUGUUGAAAACAGGUUUGUAACAAAACUUUGAAUUCAUCUGUACUUCAGUCCUAGUGUGUAUGGGUUUUGCUCCAGUUUGUUUUGCAGAGAUGCAAAAUAUCUUUUUCAGUUAAGAAAAGAAGUUUUGGCUAUUCAAAUGAAACUGCCCAGCACUGUCUUUUGAAACAGUCUCAACAAUUUAAUAAAACACUUAAGUGGAUAACA